AUCUUUCUCUCCCAGAGAAUCGCGGCGAUGGAGCUCGCCCGGCAGCUCAACAGGGAGAUCGAUCCCUCCUUUUGGGAUCUUGUGACGCUGGCGCCGAUAUUCGCGAUAGGAUUCCCGGUUUGCCGCUUCUUCUUGGAUCGAUUCGUGCUCGAGAAAUUGAGCAGGAAAUCGGUGUUUGGCACGCACGAGUCCAAGUUGAGGAAGCUGAGCGACGCUGAUAGGGACGCGCUGAGGAAGACACAGACUAAAUUCAAAGAGUCGGGCUGGAAAUGCGUUUAUUACACCACCGCGGAGAUCUUUGCGCUAUAUGUGACUUAUAACGAGACUUGGCUGACCGAUAGCUACAGCAUUUGGGUCGGACCCGGGGAUCAAACGUGGCCGAAUCAAACCAUCAAGGUGAAGCUCAAGCUCCUGUAUGCUUUUGCGGCGGGAUUCUAUGCCUACAGCAUAUUUGCUCUUAUCUUUUGGGAAACGCGAAGAAAGGAUUUCGGAGUGAGCAUGACCCACCAUGUUGCAACCUUUGGCUUGAUUUCGUUUUCGUAUUGGACCAGAUUUGCUCGGAUAGGAUGCGUCGUGCUCGCACUACAUGAUGCGAGUGAUGUUUUCUUGGAGCUGGCCAAGAUGUCAAAAUAUGCGGGAGUCCGUGUUGUUCCAGAUGUCCUGUUUGGCCUGUUUGCUCUUUCGUGGGUGCUCUUGCGGCUUAUUUACUUCCCAGUCUGGGUUAUUUGGGGGACAAGCUACUUGUCCAUCAAAGCCAUCAACAUUCAUCUACAUAGAGGUUACGGGCCAAUUUACUACUACGUAACGAAUACCUUACUCAUCAGUCUUUUUGUACUUCACAUCUACUGGUGGGUACUUAUUUACCGAAUGAUCGUCAAGCAGAUACGGGCUGGAGUCAUCGGAGACGAUGUUCGCUCAGAUUCUGAGGGUGAGGAUGAUGGCUGAGACUCGUGGAAAUUAGGAGUUGGAACCGUGUCAUCCAUCCUUUGUAUUUUAUGGCCUUCAAAUGUACAACGUUUCCUCUCUC